AUGUAUGCGAACAUAAGCGACCCUCCCGCGCCGCUGCCUUGCGCCCAGCUUCAGAAACUGACGUCGGGUAUCUCUCUGCAGCCGCCGCUGACGAGACGCGGCUCGGGUCCGGGCCUUCUUCUCCUCGUGUCGCGGCACGAGUACGACGAGGACGUGACGCACCGUGACGAUGCGCCCACGCCCGUGUUGAAGUGGGCCGAGGAGGGCUACGCCGUGGUGCAGAUCUCGGCGGCCGCGAUGGAAGCGUCCGGUGCUGCGGCGGAGCAGGCCUUUUCUCUGGCCAUGGAGGCUCUGGAAAGGUGCGAGUCGUGCCAGCCCAAAGACGCCGUCGGCGUGGUGUGCUACUCUUCGUCCUUGUGGAACUUGGCUGCUCCUCUGCUGGACAAGCUUCCCAGCGUGGCAGCGGCAGUCAUCUACGUCGACGACCAGAAUCCCACCGGACUCUUACCCACCACCGUACCGUCCUUGAGGCACAUCGCCGGGGCCGCCGCCGCCAAAACCAGUCGUCUUGGCGCGCCCAAAGAAUAUCGCUAUCCCACCGUCACGGCGCCGCAGCAGCGGUGGUUCAGCCCCGGCCACGACGACUUUGACUACGCGGCCGACUCUGUCGCGCACUCGAGGAGUCUGCAGUUUCUCAAGCCCGCCAUGCGCGGGCCCUUUUUCGACCUGGAGAGCAUCUGGGAAGAGCACACGUACUACGAGUUUGCCGACCGCUCGGUCGAGCACACCAUGAGCACCAUGGUCCAGGAGCCCUACGUCAACCACGUACCGACUUUGACGGGAGGUAUUGGACGAUUAAAGCUGACAGACUUUUAUCGGCACAAUUUCAUCUUCAACAACGCGGCCGAUACGAGUCUCGAGCUUGUCAGCCGGACCAUUGGCAUUGAUCGCGUGAUUGACGAGUUCAUCUUUACAUUCACGCACGACCGUGAAAUAGACUGGCUACUCCCCGGCGUGCCACCCACGCACCAAAAGGCAGAGAUUCCCUUUGUCGCCGUCGUCAACAUCCGGGGCGACAGGCUGUACCACGAGCACAUCACCUGGGACCAGGGCACGACGCUGCGCCAGCUCGGCCUCAUGCCCGACUACCUGCCCUUCCCGUACCCCGUGCCCGGCGCGCCGCCCGGCGCCGCCGUCGAGUACCGGGUGCCGGUGCUCGGCGCGGCGACGGCGGACAAGCUGCGCAAUCGCAAGACGGUGCCUUCGAAUGAAAUGCUUCAGUUUCGUGUGCGGGUCAAGCAAGGAGUCAAUGAGUGA